UUGACGCUAUUGGCUCGCAUUUUGAAGCUCUACUUUUCUACGUGACAGCUCUUGCUUAAGAUGGGAAAUGUUCAACCGACCAGGAUUCUCUGCAUGGGUGACAGUCUCACCGAAGGCAUGUCGAGUCCUCGCCCAGACGGCUCAGACAACCCUCCGCAUCCAUAUUCAAAUGAGCUGCAUAAACAUCUAUCCAUGCACAUAGCCGUUAAGAAUGCCGGACAUUCUGGCUUCACUGCGGCGCAAGUCCUAGAGCAGCUCGAGAAGGAAUUGAAACAGGUGGAUACACCAUACGACAUCAUUUUGAUCAUGGCAGGGACGAACGAUGUUCUCACGCGAGAGCCACAAGCGAUCUUUGAUGUCUUGCAAAAGACUUGGAAUCUGGCGCUUGGGAGUGGCUGUAAGUAUGUCGUGGCCUUGCCCAUUCUCGAGGUGACUUUUGACGUGACUAUGAUGAAGAACCAAAAGGAGCUCAAUCGCCUGAUCUUGAAGCACUUUGAGUCUGCUAGUAGUCAAGCCUCUUCGCCGACUGAUGCAGAAAGGGCAGAGAAAGGCAGGCUGCUAUGCUACGAUAUCUGCAGCGCCUUCCCGCAAGACGCCCUAGGGGAUGCCGAUACGGAACUCUACUGGAGCGACCCAGUACAUCCGACGGCAGAAGGCUAUGAUAGGAUUGCAGAGCUCAUUGGGGGUUCAUUCCUCGAGCCGUUGCUGACUUCGGAAUUCAAAUGGACGGCUGGCCGUGACGAAGCUCUCUUCAAGGCAUUUGAUGAAGAGAAGGACCGCUUCAUUGAGAGGGUGAGUAAAGAGACGGGCUUUGCCGCUGCAGAUGUCAAGAGCAGACUUGCAGCACUUGGCAAGUUGGCCCGGUGAAGUUGCAGUCCAAGUUCAAGUUG